ACACUUGACACAACACAACACAUAAAAUCCUCUAUAUAGAGGCAGCACCUUAACAAUAUUUUCCCAACUAGAUACCCAACAAUUCCUUUCUAAUCCAGCAUGGCUUCCCCUACCACCUAUUUUUCUAUCCUCAUCUUCCUAACCCUCUUUUCCUCCCUUCAUGUUCAUGCAAGAGAAAGCAAGUUCUUUAGCAAAUUCACCAAUGACAACAAUGCCAAACAGCUUCUCCCACCAAAAGAGCAAGAACAGCCCUUAAACAAACCAGAACAAGAGCCAAAUUUCAUCCCACAGAACCAACAAAACUCCGGGGGCUAUGGCCUCUACGGACACGAAUCAGGCCAACUCCCUCCCACCACCACCACCACCGAAAACCUCCCCUACACAACAGAAACAGAAAACUCAUACAACAAAGAAUCCAUCCCUAGUUCCAACAAUGGCCAGUACUACAACAAUGAUGCUCAAGUCAAUACCGAAUCCUACUCAAACAAUGACCAGUACUACAACAACAAUGCUCAGGUCAAUACCGAAUCCUACUCAAACAAUGGCCAGUACUACAACAAUGAUGCUUAUGUCACUAAGCCGCAAGGCAUGAGUGACACAAGAUUCAUGGACGAGGCCUACAAGCCCUACACGACUCCCAUCAACAACAACGACAACAACAACAACAAUUAUUAUAAUAACGGCAAUAUGUACAACAAUAGGCAGCAUGGGAUUGGUGAGGCCAAGCUCGGAGUGACUAAUGACAACAAUUACAACAAUGAGAAGCAGGGCAUGAGUGACACAAGGUUCUUGGAGAACGGAAGGUAUUAUUAUGACCUUAAUAGCGAAAAUAAUUACAAUCUUAAUGCUAAUAACGUCAAUGAAAAUUCAAGAGGGUUCAACUCAAGAAAUGAGUAUUACAACAAUAGAGGCAAUUAUGGAAACUCAUUUAGGCAGCAGUAUGGGAACAAUGAGAACUCCAACUCUUAUGAAGCUAACAAUUCCAUGGAAGGGUACAAUGGGAAUCAAGAGGAGUUCCAGGAGAGCCAAGAGGAGCAAUUCAAUCCUUGAGCUUGAAUGUUCAUUAGUUACAUGAAAUGAAGUCUAUUUAUUAAUUGUGAUUUUUAAUAUAUAUUUGUAAUAUAAAUGUUUCACCCGGAGAAUACAGAUGAACUUGUACCGGAUCGAAUUGUUAUACAUUAUAAUCUGAUUAUCUAUGUGUUCGUGCAGAAUUGCAGAUUGCAAAAGCAAUAAAUAAUAUUUAAGAUGAACUUGUACUGGA